AUGUCGCGCUCAAAUUUGUCGUGUAGAGGGUAUGCAGCACCUUUACGAAGCAGUUUGUUCUGUAUCAACGAAAGAACAGACGCGUGUAUCUGUAGUUGUACUAUUCACUAUAAGUAUAAUGUUAGUAUGUUGAUGUUAGUUGACCAAGUAGAUGAACUGGCAAGUCAGAAAUUCCUUACACUCUUACUUUGGCUAUGCCAUAAAAAUGUUAUUUUGUCGAAUUCAAAGAUCUAUUCACUUUUGUUUACGAAAUUAAGAGAAGAACCAACCGUGGUAAGAAUGAAUUAUAGCGAGAAAUGUAGACCCAAGCACCAAAAAAAAGGUAUGAAACAGGGGGACCCGAAUGAAUGAAUGAACAUAGAACUACGUACAAACAGACUAGAUAGCAGACUAAUAUUACGCAGAAGCAAACAGCCGAUCCCGAUGAAGCCUGGAGUUUAAACCUAGGACGAUGUAGCCGGUCGUGGCACCUUUUUUCCACCUGUACAAUUUUAUGGUGCCAGUCUGGUACGCGUGCGUCUCUUCCAGUGGCUGUCACGCUACUGUAGUUGAAAGCAGUUUCUUUUUGCGUUGAUUUGAUAGAUGAUGUUGGUUCUGUACUCUGCCGCCUCUGCGCCUACUUCUUCAAGAUCUUAAUUUUAGGUACCUUCAUUCAUAUUUAUACAUACUCAUAUUGAUUAUUGAUUGUACAAAAACAAAGCGCUCGCGCUGUUAAAGGGCAAAAGUUUUUCCACGAAGUAGUCGAUCUCCUCUCUACUUUCCAUGAUGGUCGUCUCCAUCGAUCGCGAUGGAUUGUGCUAAAUACUUGUCUCUGAAAGGAGAUGGACUACUGUUAUUAUAUCUACUGUAAUCUUGAUGUAGUACAGCCCGUGUCUUCAAUCAUUCUUUCAGUUUGUCCCCCUUCCCCCCCUCUGUCGGAUACACAUGGAAGAGCUCAAAGCCAAAACAAAGUCGAGAAGAUUAACACAUGCGAUUGGUGAGUUCCCGACUAGUACAUGAUCAGCAUGACUGUAGAAAAAUACUAAAGUCAACUAUGUCUGCUAGUUUUUCUAGUGGGCCCAUACCUAACGUAAAACACUAAACGACGUUGGGCGAGGAGAUCCGAUAGCGCAACGGCUCGAGCGAACCCUUGACUAAGUGCACUUAGAAAGUCGCUACUGCAGCUACCACACUCGGCCGUGUAAAAAGUGGUGCUUUAUAUAAAACAUAAAAAAGAAUAAAGAACAGAAAAUAUAAAAUAGAACUAUAGAGUUGGAAUAAAAAUUUAAAUAGCAUGGCAUAGUGUUGGGCAGAAUGAUAAUGGAUAGAUCAACAACGUGAAACGGCUCAAGGAUCUCAGUCAAGAGGUCCACCAAGAUCGUGAGCCAAAUGGUUACAGGAUCAGAAUCACACCAUUAGUAAGAUCAACAAGAUCACACCAAGGGGAUCACCAUCAGGAUGAUCACCAUAGGAAUGGAAUACUAUCGGGAUCGAGAACAUCAGCACCGAGAUCCCUAGCGUGGCAAGUAGUUUGAUACUCAUUGACAUGAACAGGCACACUUUGGAACUGCAUGAGAAUCAUAAAACUGAAUGGACUUGCUCCAACCUUCGCAGGUAUAGGGAAGGGGAUACUGUUUCCAACUUGACUCCCCUGCGGGUCUAGUUUUCUAGGUUUUCAGUGUUCGAACAUUCUAUACCUUCGAGGCCAUUAGCUUCAGGGAAAGCAUAAAGCUUUUUUUUAUAGCCUCACCAGUUUGCAUUUGCAUAGCCUGAGUAAUUAAAUUCUUCACCGUUCUUUUGUAGAUUCAAAAUGGGCGCCGAAGAUAAGAACACUACUCGCCUCGAGGAAUUCUGGGGCAGUAGCAAAGACUUGCCUCGCUUCGGAGAUUGGCUCUACAAGGUCUACUCUCUGCUGGAAGAAGCAAGCAUGGGCGUCCACCUUAAGGACAUUCUGGAAAAGAAGAAGAAAGCUGAGGAGGUACUUGCACUCGAUGCAGUACAGGCCGCGGGUAAGCAUCUAAAGAAGGUCAAGACGAAGACUGUUACUUUGAACGCUCUGCCGGGUGGCUCGCCGGCUUUGGCUGUGGCUAAAAUGGCCUCUCCUCAGAACGUUCUUUCGAUCCUAGCUUCCUUGUGUCAAAAGUAUGCAAGCCAAGAAGCCAGUGCUCGUUUCUCCGGGUACAAGCUGAUGGUGGACCCUCAGCCUUCGGGUGCGGAUAUCAUCAGCUGGAUCGAAGGAAGAGGGGUCGCCAUGGCUGAAACUCUGCAGAACAAAACUGAUGCUAAAGAGUUCUUGGCUGCGUGCGUCCUCAUUGGCGCUGAUAAGAAGUUCGAUGUCGUAUCGUCUUCCAUGUUGGCACGCCAAGAGACACCACUUGAUGUCGUCAGGCCUGCUUUGCGCGAGUUCGCAGCUCUGCAGGACCUCAAAGGAGGCGACCACGAACAGGACGCUGCUGCACAUGCAGUAGUAAGCCUGAAGAAACAAGUCCAAUCCUUGAAGGAUAAACUUGCCCACAAGGGUAAAGGAAAAGGAAAGGGCAAAGACCCGCACAAGAAGAAGGUGAAGAAGGAUGAGAAGUGGUGCUCGCACUGCAACAAAUCCGGACAUCUUGAAUCUGGGUGCUGGGCAAAAGAUCCGAGCAAAGCCCCCAAGAGCUUGCGGGACAAACUAAACAAGAAGAAAGCUGAGGGAAAUUCAGUCAUUGUCGACGAUGUUGACUCCGUUCAGGCCGGAGACCAUCAAGAAGACGCUGACAUGACUCCCAACGCUGAAGAACAGAGUGAAGAUCCUACCAAGAUUCAAGAGCUGAAGCGCGUUCUUGCUUGUUCUCCGGGUGACUUGGCGCACAUGAAGUUCAAGGCUGAGGAGACCGAGAAGAUGCGCAUGAAGGUUCUGAAGGAGGUGGAGCUUUACAACAAAGAAAAGGAGGGGGAGAAGGUUACCUUCCUACUUCCCAACGAAGACGAAGAAAACAAAUCUUCGAUGGCGGACACUACAGGCGACACCGAGAUGUCUGUCCCUGCUGAGCCUACUUUGUAUAGUUCUUCUGUGACUGGUGCUGAGGUAUGUUCCGCAGGCGUACUAGGUAAUGCGUCAAAUUUUCAGCCUAUUGGGCAUGUGUUCAAAGGGCAACAGCAAACCAGAGCGACAGAACAAGAAAAGGAAGAAUCAAGUGAUUCCUCGUCGGUUUCCGAGUCGUAUUUUCGGGCUUUGGAUGAGUGCCAAUCGGUCUCAUGUGAGUCGGUUGAGGGCACCUUUGCGGGGGAAUUCUUGUCCAAACAAAACGACCUUGGCACAAGCCCAAGACAACAAAGAUCAUCGGUCUCACGUGAGUCGGUAGGGACAAGGUCGGACCUGUACACGGGUACAAGUUCAAGCAGUUCAUCUUCGUCGGUCGCGGUAGUUUCGCUUUCGGUGAACAAAAGUAGGAGCUGGAAGAAUAGCCUCGGGGCGCAAGCUAAUCCUGCAUUUGUAGGUGGGCAAGCGCGCACGACACUACGUCACAAGCAGGCAUUCGGGAAUGCUGGCGCUAGUGCAAGUGGCAAAGUAAGUAACCCUUCAGAGGGGGCCGGCAGUCCAAGUGGAUUGUUGACGCAGGGGCAUCCCAUCACAUGACGGGCGACAAAUCUGCGCUCAAGAAGUUCACAGGUGUGACGCUUCCCCUGAGCACAGCUGAUGGCCCUUGUAAAACAAAGGCCCGAGUUGGGUACUUUAAGGCUAAUAGCCUGGGUUUGGUGAUGGGGCUUUAUCGUCCUGAUUUGCGUCAGCAGCUCAUCUCGGUGGAAGAGCUAACGCAAGCGGGAGGUGAGCUUCGUUACGCAAAGAGCUCACGGAUUGUCUAUGAUCCUUCGGGUGAAAGGCACAUCGCUGAGCUUCAGAACGGAGUGCCGAUGGCAACUGUUUCAUUUGAAACAGAAGCGUCAGCGCACCGGUCAUUUAUCUCAAGUGUGUCAAACCCACAAAACAAGCUAAGACUGCAUCAGAGAUUAGCGCACUUCAACGUCUGGGGCCAAGUGGUUCCUUGUCCGGAUUGUGCGAAGGCUAAAACGUAUGGCCAAGUGUCUCACAAGAAACAGCGCGAUCCAAGUUACAUCGUCGAGAACUGGCGUGAUCAGGUCGAUUGUGACUUCAUGGGACCGCUGCCAGCGAGUCACUUAGGUAAAGAGUACGCCUUUGCCGUGAUAGACUCGCGUACGGAUUGGGUUGAAGUGUAUGCCAUAGCGCAAAAGUCUGACUGUGGUGCAGCUCUAAAGCAAUACUGCCGUGAGAUGGGCAGUAAACCCAAAAGGGUUCGCACUGAUAAUGAGCCUACACUGAAAGGGCUUGGUAGUAAAUGGAAGCUGACAUGUGCGGAAUCAAUUGGAUAUCCAUCCCACACAUUCAGUCCCCUACGAACCUCAACAGAGUGGCAAAGUCGAACGUUGGAUGCGCACGAUGGCAGAUGCCAUCCGGGCGAAUAUCCAAGGAGUAGACCCAGCCGUCUGGGACUGGUGCGCGCGCUACGUUGCGUACGUGUUUAACCGUCUACAGAGGAGGAAAGACAAGCCAAGUGCCUAUCAGCGCAGGUUCAGCAAACAGGUGUCCCUUAAACAUCUCAGGAGGUUUGGCUGCAUGUGCUACGCCAAAAUCCACACGCAGCAAACAAAGCUGGAGGACAGACUCGAAAAGGGGACCUUUCUCGGGUAUUCUAGAGAGAAUUCCUCGUAUCUUGUAGGCGUAUGGCGUAAGGACGUCAAUGGAAAGGAAAAGCGUGAGGCCAUCGAGAGUGCUUCCGUGAAGUUCAUGGAAGAUUGUCUCAUUGAUGAUAUAGAUUCUCUUAGGGCCGACGGUGAUCCGUUGCCUAUGAAGCGGAGACUGCGCAUAGCUGAUCCUGCCGAUGUUGUAAGGAGGAGUCGCGACCUCUGUGCAGCACUCGGAGGGAGCGGCGAUGAGCGAUCGCAAACUUCAGAGGGGGCGGAUAGCCCGGAGGCCAAGAGAAGGAAAACGGAGAACCCAUCAGGCACAGAUGGUUCCUCAGGAACCAAAGUGGCUGACGCUGGCAAAGGCACAGCGAGACAGACAGUCCCUGACGAUCACCCGACAGACGGAAGCCCAUCGUCGUCUUCAUCAGCUGACGGCCAGCCACCGGCGGUGGGACCGAUCAACCAACAGCCGAAUCCACAUGGGUCGACUGAAAUCCCUGUCGAAAGAGGCAAAACAGAGAAAGAAGCGGAACGCUUAGGAGCAGGGCAACCUGAUUCAAGUAAGUUCCAUGCGUGGGGCAAGGUCCUAGUCGACGCGCAACAGCCUCAGGAAGGUCCUGCGACGGAUUCCCAGACUGUUCACAUCUAAUAGAUGACGAUCUGAAUCCCUUCAAAAUGGUCAAUCGUGGGGGAACGAUGAUCAAGGUACGGCUUAGGCGAGGUCGUCCUAUGGGCCUGACAAAAGAACAGUGUCCGCACUGGAAAACCAGUGGCCGGAAGAAGAAAAAGGGAAAAGAAAUUCAGCAAGAACUUCCGCAGGAUGACACUGCAGAAGCUAACGUCGCAAGUGCGUUUACAGCUUUUGGGGGUCCUAUGUUGGAUCUUGAGGAACAGGAAGCGGCAAUAUCCUUUACUGUUCAGGUCACUCGUGCAGAAGCCAUGAAGGGCCCUGACUCUGUGAAAUUCAUGGAGGCUGACAACCUUGAAAAGUUGCAGCCAGAAAGCUGUAAUGUUUGGCGAGCUCUGCAUGAUGGUGAACUCAAGGACGAUGAUGAGACUGUCCCGUGUGUUGUCAUAUACACAAAGAAGCGAUCGAUGUGGUAGAUACAAGGCUCGCUGCGUUGCUUUAGGCAAUAGGCAGACGAAAGUUAGUAAGGCCGAAAUCUUCUCACCAACAGUCUCGCACGCGGCUAGCAGGGUGUUGUUAGUUGAUGCGGCUGCCAAUGGCAAAGCCUUAGGUCAGUUUGGCAUCUUUCUCCAGCGCAUUCGUUAGAAGCGAGCUGGGGGAUGAUGAGCGCGCGUUCAUUAGACUUCCAAAACAUUGGUCUGCGGACCCGCGUGGGGACGUUGUGAGACUAUUGAAAAGCCUUUCGGACUGAAAACAGCCCCUAGAAAAUGGCAUGACUGCUACUCUAGCUUCCUACUGAAAACAGGUUGGGAAAGAUGUCCCAAUGAGCCCGGUCUCUUCCGGCGCAAGGGUGUAACUAUAGCCAUCUACGUUGGUGACUCCCUAGUUAGUGCCAACACAAAGGAGGAAGUAGACCAAGUGAUCAAGGAAAUCCUGGCGCGCUUCGAUGGUAAAGUAAUUGAUGCUGAAUGGUCUGCAGACAAGAAAAGGAAAACUCAAAUCCGCGAUAUCUUGGGGGUGCGACUAUCGUACACCAGAGAACCGAAGGAGAUGAAACUCGACGCGGAACAGUCCAUCAAGAAGCUAGCCGAGAAGUUCAAGGUAGAACCAGGUAGGGCUAUUCAGUCGCCUUGUGUUUAUAGCGAUCUUACUGAAGGCGCAGAAGAUUCAAACUUCCCACUGAGAAGUCUCGUCGGAGGUUUGCAAUACAUUGCUACACAAGCAAGACCAGACUGCUUUUUUGCGGCGAACCGCGUUGCGAGGCAUGUCACGACUCCGACUUCGGCAGUCAUAACAGCUUCAAAACGUGUGCUGCGGUACAUGCUGCAAACAGCGUCUUGUGGGGUGGAAUACAGUCCAACCCGGGAGAAAUAUUUCUUCCAGACUUAUGAGGAAGUCCUCAAGAGUCAAAAGAAGUCUGACUUACGAGACUUUGUGGCGUUUUCUGAUGCAGAUUAUGCGGGGUGUACAGUCACACUGCGUAGCUGCUCGGGUAGUAUACUCUAUUAUAGGUGUACUCCAGUUGCUUGGAGCUCCAGGAGGCAAUCCAUUAGAGCAGCUAGCACUUGCGAAAGCGAGUAUGUAGCAACUUGUGAAGUCUCAAGGCUUUAUGGAGUGGUAUGCGUCCAACGCUAUGCUGCCACAAAUUUUCUGUGGCAAUCGGUCUUCUAUCAUGGUGGCAGGGACCUCCCUACCCACCAAGAAAACAAAGCACUUCCAAACGCGUUUUCACGCGGUGAAGGAUCACGCAGAGGACAUCUGCUACUGCCCGACUCACAUGGAUGAAUCGAGCUGAUCCUCUUACCAAACCAAUGGGGAGAGCCUUGAUGGUGUUCCAAACACCGCCUGGCAUUUCGCUCAGCGACAAGAAGCGCGACGCGCGUGCGUUGUAUUGCUGCAUCGCUUGAGGGGGAAUGUGGGGGAAGUAUCAAGGCCAUAGGGGACUGCGGGAACCUAUGGAAAGCGGUGCUUUCCUCCCAUGCCGUGCGCCGCAUCAUCGGUAGCGCACUGGGGGCGGGCAGCUAGGUGCCUGCGGGGGUUUUUGUCCGCAUAGAUAGUGGAAUCUACAUUGAUUUCCAAUCGGGUGGCGUCUCGGAUGACCGUAGCCAUUUCUAAUAGUGAACGACUGUCGUCUUUCUGGUGUUGGCUUUGAGCUAGUUGACUGUCGUUGUCGUUUCUGACUUGGUGUUCUCUAUCCAGUGUCAAGACGAGGGCAAAGGCCUUCAUCGUUGUCACUGAGAGGGGGAAUGUUGGGCAGAAUGAUAAUGGAUAGAUCAACAACGUGAAACGGCUCAAGGAUCUCAGUCAAGAGGUCCACCAAGAUCGUGAGCCAAAUGGUUACAGGAUCAGAAUCACACCAAUAGGAAGAUCAACAAGAUCACACCAAGGGGAUCGCCAUCAGGAUGAUCACCAUAGGAGUGGAGUGCUAACUAUCGGGAUCGAGAACAUCAGCACCGAGAUCCCUAGCGUGGCAAGUAGUUUGAUACUCAUUGACAUGAACAAGCACACUUUGAAACUGCAUGAGAAUCAUAAAACUGAAUGGACUUGCUCCAACCUUCGCAGGUAUAGUGAAGGGGAUACUGUUUCCAACUUGACUCCCCUGCGGGUCUAGUUUUCUAGUUUUUCAGUGUUCUAACGCAUAGAGUAAGAGUAACUUCAAAUCGAAACUAGCAGUGGCGUUAUGAACAUCUUCACUCAGGUGAGCUGUAGCACAUAAAAGGCCACUCUCAUCCACUGAACUUGAAGUCAUAGAUGAUCACGAAUUUCCUAUCAAACGUUGACGCCAGACCCCCACAUCCCUCUAUACGGAUUCAAUAGGAGACUAUAUGAAGACUCGGGUUUCUUAGGACAUGUUGACGGCAUGAGCGUCAGCGCUGUUAUUCGGCGGUUGUGUCCUUGAGCCCUUGCUCACUUCAGUUCUUUUACCCCCAUUGUGUAAAAAGUGGUGCUGUAUAUAAAACAUAAAAAAAAAAUAAAAAAAAACAGAAAAUAUAAAACAAAAAGAAAAAAUAUGAAAUUAAAACAAAAAUAAAAAUAGCAUGGCAUAGAUUAACUUCAAAUCGAAAUUAGCAGAGCACCAUGUGGCCGAAUAUAGCACCAUUUGAAGUCGAGUACUGCCAUAGUCCUGGAACAGGAGGCCUGCUUUUAUCUUCCCCACCAUCUACGGCAGAAGCCUUGCCUUUCCAGUAGCAGAUCUAUUGGCUUCAACCUUGUUCCAGCAAAGAGAGAGAGAGAGAGAGGAGGAGACACGAGUGAUUUUUUUAUUAGAG